AUGGAAACACACACCUCCGAAAAAAAACAGCCCGCAUGCAAUUCGAACAAGUCUACAAAACACAAGUCAUCUGAAAAUAUUAAAAAGCUUAAAGAACGGAUCGUUCAAACCAAUCAGUUGCUAAACCUUUUUAAAACGAAAGAAAAAGAACUUGCACAACACAAAGAAAGUAUUGCAUCGCUUGAAAAAAAUCAAACAAAAUCAAAAGCACAGUUAGCAUUACUAAACAAAGAAAUUGAAGUUUUUCGUAAAGCCGCCCAGCAAUUUCGCGCCGAAGCUGAAAAUUUAAAGCAAGAGUUGGAUCAAAAAGAUGUUCAAUUAAAAGAUCAUUCUACGAUGACAAUUGAAAUUAAACGGCUUCGAUCCGAAAAUGACAAAUUAGGAAAACGUGUAAAAUCACUUGAGAUCCUAAAGGACCAAUUGGAAUUUAAAGUACAAGAAAGUGAUGCUACGAACGAUAUACGAGAAAAUCAAAAAAAAGAAAUUUCUCGAUUGAAAAAAGAACUUGAAAAGAAAGACGAUUUAUGCAAAAAAAGCCAAUCUGCAAAAGAAAUAUUAGAUACAAAAGUUAAAAAACUUCAAAAAGAAGUUAAUAAUUUAAAUGAGCUAUUGCUCGAAUAUAAAUCUGAAACAAAUACAUUAAGAGAUGAAAAAAAUGAAAAAGACACAAUUAUCGAAUCCUUAAAUCAGCAACUGGAAGAUUUAAGUCACCAAGCAACAAAUGUUGAUGAAUUGAAACAAGAUAUUAAUGAACUCAAAAUCCAAAUACAGGCGGCUCAUGAUGAAAAUAUAAAAAAACAACGAGAAUGUAGUCAGCAUUCCAAAGCACUGUGCAAACUCAAAAGACAAAACACUAGCAUUGAAGAGCUGAAGCGUGAAAAUCUUGAUCUUCAAAAUAAACUACAAGAAGCUCACAAACAAAUAUCAAACAUAUGUAGUGAAAAUAACAUGUCUGGAAAUGUCAUACACGAAGAAAGUAAUACCAGUCAACAUGUUAUUGUGCUGGUAAAAGAAAUACGAUCUUUGAAAGAUGACAUCAAAAAAUUAGAAAUACAAAAGAGGGCUUUACAAGAUCUCGUAACAUCACAGCAAGUUGAGAUUUUACAGCUACAAACGUCCAGAAAAUCAGAUGCAUUUGCACGCGUCAAUGCCAUAGAGGCACUGUAUAGUAAACCAACUAGUGCAAUAUUACAAGAUCAAUCAUUUCAAACGUCUUCUGUUUGUGAUGCAACAGUGUCUCCUAUCACCGAUAAUACAGAAAUUGGUUCUAAUUCUUCAACGGUUGCGGAUGCCGAAAAUUUAAUAUCGCAAGUAAAAGAAAUAAAUCGAACAAUCGCCCCACAAAGAAAAACAGAUUCAUUAAAAAGGAGAAAAACUGUUAAUAAACCUAGGACUAAACUGAAAGUGACUGAAAUAUUAAGUCAUAUUGACGAUUUGGCUUUCAUAAAGGAAAAAUUAUUUGAUUUUGGAUGUCCUUCUCAAGAAGCGAUUCGGUCGAUUGACGUAUUUCGUCAAUUUGCAUUUGAGAAAAGUCCUGUUCUUUUUCAAGCAGUUGAUGAAUUGCUCCAUUACAUAGAUACACCUUUGUAUCUAGGCGAUAUUUAUAAUAACGACCAACUGAAAAUUUAUACACGAGUAAAUUCUCUUUCCAUACAACUACCUGCUGUAUUGCCUUCAAAAGAAACAAACGUAAUACUGUUUUUAUGGCUUCUAUUUGUCGAGUUUCCAUCGAGUAAAUUGAUCGAUAAGAUAUUGCUUUGGGCUAAUGAAAAAAUCAUGGUCGCAGGAAUUUUAGGAGAACCACUUGAUUUGGCAAUUAUUAAUGAUAUUCAGCGAGCUCGCACGUUAUGUUAUGAUAUCAUGCGGGAAAAAACGAAUAAUGACUCAAUUCAUUAUUUCAUGGAAAACACUGCUAGAAUAUGGCCAAAUGUUCUUAAGUUCACAAUUAAUACUAGGAAACUAGAAUCUUUCGAAAUAGAGAGUAUUAUUGCUGGGAUAGUUCUUGAGAAGAUGCACGAUGAAUCGGUUUAUAAACUUUACAAUACCUUUGUUCGGCUUUGCUCUUGGGAUGAACCGCACCAAGCUCCAUUCUUGAAAGAAAUUUUACAAUAUUUAGCAGAAAUCUUGAACUCUGAAGAAUUUCAUAAUAAAUGCUGUAACGAAUAUGAUCAAGAAAAAUUUCAGGAAUACCGUUUCAAUCUUGUAAAGUCUUUUGAGUUAGCUGCUUGUUGGUGGUGCUGGGAUGAUGUGCAUUCGAGAUAUGUUUCAAAAAUUUUAUGGCCAUUGGUAAAGAAUGAAAAAGGAAAGGAUAUUCCGUUGGAGAUUAUUGGUGCAGUUUGCCGUCCACGAUUGUUUGAACAAACAGAAAAGGAGGGUGUAGCCGAAAUUAGGCGGCGAAUGAAAAGCGCGCUGAACCCACAUAGCCCUGUCCAGUCUGCACAAGUAUUGAUUAAGCUCGCUAACGGUGAUCCAAGGCAUUAUCGUGAUAUCCUAUCUUGGUAUCUGCGAUUGGAAAAUGACAAAGUGCAACAGUUACCACUAGG